UCAGGCGUUGCAAAAAGACUAAAUGAUCUAGAGCCCCGUGCGUUGUACACACACUGCUAUGGUCAUGCAUUAAACCUAGCGACUCAGGAUGUGUUGAAAGGUAUCAAGGUCAUGCGAAGUGCUCUGGAGACCGUACAUGAAAUUACUAAGUUGAUAAAAAAAUCACCCAAACGUGAAAGCAUCUUCAAGAAGUUUAAAGAUGUUGUCACUGCUGGCUCUCCAGGACUACGGAUUCUUUGUCCUACACGAUGGACGGUCAGGGCUGAGGCAUUAACGUCAAUAUCUGAAAACUACACUACACUUCAGAUGACUUGGGAUGUGGCAAAAGAAGCCACAAAGGAUACUGAGAUGAGAGCUAGAAUUGGAGGAAUCGCUUUGCAGAUGGACACAUUUGACUUCGUUUAUGGUGUUGAACUUGGAAGAAAGCUGCUGAACAUAGUGGACAACCUGUCCCGAUCCUUACAGAGUUCUACUAUUUCAGCAUGCGAAGGCCAAAAGCUAGUCAGUACUACAACAACAACUAUCCAGUCAAUGAGAUCUGAUGAGUGCUUUGAUAUAUUUUGGAAGUACGUUGAACGCAAAAGAUUGUCACUUCAAGUGCCAUCCCCUACCCUUCCACGACGUAGGAAAGUUCCAAGACAAUUCGAGGUAGGAGAAGGUGCAACAGUACAUCCAGUAGAAGUGAAGGAGAUCUAUCGAAGGGCUUACUUUGAGGCCAUUGACUUGAUUUUAGCAGCAGUCAAAGAUAGAUUUCAUCAGAAAGGAUUCAACAUGUUACAGAAAUUAGAGACAGUUGUAACUUCUCUUCAGCAACCCCAGCAAUCGGAAGCACUGAAAGAGAUUGUCAAUUUUUAUGGUGAUGAUUUCAGUCACCCAGACCGACUUCAAACACAGCUCACUCUUCUUCAUGCAGGUACUGAACAGCCACUGACGGAUGUACGGUCUCUGGUCGUAUACCUCAAAUCCUUAAGCAGUGCAGAAAGACAGUUUUUUUCUGAAGUCAUCAAAGUAGUCAAGCUCAUUCUGGUAAUGCCGGCAACAAACGCCACAAGUGAAAGAAGUUUUAGUGCUCUCCGUAGACUCAAGACAUGGCUACGUUCUACAAUAAGUGAAUGUCGUCUCAACUGGUCUAUGAUACUCCAUAUCCAUAAGGACAAAACUGAUGCAUUACCAAUAAAAGGUGUUGCGAAUGAGUUUGUUACACGUAAUGAAAGCAGAAGACGACUAUUCGGACACUUUGAUUAAACUCUUUUGAAUUAGUAAAUGUAGUGUUGUGUUGUACGCGUACUGCCUAUCCCUUAAUGUAUCAAAGAUUUGAAAUACAAGUCUCAAAUUCUGGGGGGGCUUGAGC